CUCCACAGCGCCGCCCCCCCUCACUGUCAGCCCGGCGUCUUCCCCUCUAAUGGCGCCGGCAGCAGCCUCCUGACAGCCGCCUGUCAGACGCGCUCCUCCCGCAGCUCCAACACACCGCUCCGCCUGCUCCCGGUUCCGUUCGUCGGUUCUACUUCUGCUUUAACAUCCACGGACCUCAGAGCGGGAUUUGUUCGAGGUGCAGUGUUAUUUUCUCGGUGCAUGAAUGGAGUCGCCCCCGCAGGAUUCAGGGAGCGAGCCGGGCAGGAGCGGCUCUGAGCCGGGCACACCGCUCACAGAGACGCCGCUGAGUGUGGAGGCUGAGCGGGGCAGAGAGCAGCAGACGCCGGGCAGGAGUGUGUGCAGCUCGGGCUCCAGCAAAGGUUUGUCAGUGGCGGUGAAGAAGACGCACACAUCUCAGAUUGAAAUCAUUCCCUGUAAAAUCUGUGGAGACAAAUCUUCAGGGAUUCACUACGGGGUGAUCACCUGCGAGGGCUGUAAGGGUUUCUUCAGACGCAGUCAGCAGAGUAACGCCACCUACUCGUGUCCUCGCCAGAAAAACUGUCUGAUCGACCGAACGAGCCGAAACCGCUGCCAGCACUGCCGUCUGCAGAAAUGUCUGACUGUGGGCAUGUCCCGAGACGCGGUGAAGUUCGGUCGCAUGUCGAAGAAGCAGCGGGACAGUUUGUACGCUGAGGUUCAGAAACACCGGCUCCAGCAGCAGCAGCAGCAGCAGCAGCAGCAGCAGCAGCAGGGGCCCCCCCUCAUGUCCCACCCCGGCCUCAACAGCCCGAGCCCCGGAGACACCGAGCCGCUCUCCCCCCAAUACGGCCUCUCGUCCAGCGGCCUCACUGAGCUCCCUGAUGAACUCGGGGGCUACAUGGAGCAGAACUCCCCCGAAGGAGGAUCCGUCUCAUCCAAGACGGACUCUGGAGGAGAGGGAGGAGGAGGAUUGUUCUACCUGGACAUUCAGCCCUCACCCGACCAAUCAGGACUGGAUAUUAACGGCAUCAAACCGGAGCCACUGUGCGACUACGGGUCCGGAAACGGCUUCUUCCCAUACUGCUCCUUCACCAAUGGAGACACGUCGCCCAGCGAGUCCAUGACCGAACUGGAUCAUCUGGUCCAGAUCAUCUCCAAGUCUCACCUGGAGACGUGUCAGUACCUGAGGGAGGAGCUGCAGCAGAUGAGCUGGCAGAACUUCCUGCAGGACGAGGUGCAGAGUUACCAGAGCAAGCCGAGGGAGGUGAUGUGGCAGCUCUGCGCCGUAAAGAUCACCGAGGCGAUCCAGUACGUGGUGGAGUUCGCCAAACGCAUCGACGGCUUCAUGGAUCUGUGCCAGAACGAUCAGAUCGUGCUGUUGAAAGCUGGAUCUCUGGAGGUCGUCCUCGUCCGGAUGUGUCGAGUGUUUGACUCGCAGAACAACACCGUUUACUUUGAUGGGAAAUUUGCAGGUCCUGACGUCUUCAGAGCGUUAGGUUGUGAUGAUUUGAUCACGUCGGUGUUUGACUUUGCUAAGAGCUUGUGUUCACUGCACCUGACGGAGGACGAGCUCGCUCUCUUCUCAGCGUUCGUUCUGCUCUCGGCAGACCGCUCUUGGCUGCAGGAGAAGCUGCAGGUGGAGAAGCUGCAGCAGAAAACUGAGCUGGCUCUGCAACACGUCCUGCAGAAGAACCACAGAGGAGACGCAGUUAUGAACAAGCUCAGAUGUAAAGUGUCAGCGCUGCGUUCACUGUGCAGUCGGCACUCAGAGAAACUGACGGCGUUCAGAACCGUUUACCCCGACGUGGUACGGACGCACUUCCCUCCUCUUUACAAGGAGCUGUUUGGUGUCGACCUCGAAGUUACGCCGCCGGCCGACGACUGAGCGGCGAUGGCACGCUCCACAGAGCCGACCGGCGGCGAGCUGCUGGACUCAGACGAACGGAGGCCGGUUUGAACAGUGAUGGAGGACGUGACGACUCUGCUGCACGUUUCCUGGACAGAUGAGGCUUUGAGAAGGAAGAGACCUGAACUCGUCUCCACGUCAGUUUGUCCUCCUCCUCCUCUCUCGGCCUUGGGUUCGGACGCAGGGAGGAGUUGGCUUCGCCUGCAUUGAGGAUCGGAACCAGUUUCAGCUCUUACACUGAAACUUCAGUUUUCACACUGAAACUGGGUUUGUUUUUCCGUCACCAGCUCAUCGACACCUCAGAACUUCUUCUUACGACACAAUGAUUUCAUUCACACAUCCUCGAGAAACGACUGGUGAGCUAACGUGGCUAUUGAGCUAACUCGUGGACAAACUGGGGUCGAGGGCGAAUGUUGGAAAACCAGUCAAACGACAGAGAAUCAGAAUCCGUCCAUUUAACUGUUGAACCAGUUAAAACAUCAAAUCUUCAAAGUGUCGAGUGGAAGUUAAAAUAAAGUUCGGUGAAUUUGAAUAAUUGAUGGUCAGACAACACGGAUUGGAAUCAUAGACUGUAAAUAAAGAUGGACGACGUGAUGACGUUAAAUAAAUGUUUGUCAAAGAUGGUGUCUGUCAUGUUAGGUAGGUCUUCUCACACUGAUGUUUGUUCAAGGACUGACCGCAAAUGAAGUCAUCACCACAAGAUGGCCGUGUUUGUAUCGGCGAUGUUUUAGUUUCAGGAAGUGGAGAUGUGUCGUCCGUCUUUGUUUACGGUCUCUGUGUUGUUUACAGUGUAAGAGAUGAAAUCCAGCACAUGAAAGGGCUGUUCUGUAACUCGGGCUCAUCUCAGCUGAUUCUUUCAUUUGAAAACUCUGAGGUUCAGUUUGUGUAGAAGAGAGAGACUGAAAUGACAUCACCCCCAAAACACAGAAAAAGGUUUAUUUUGUAAUGUUUGUUGAACUGAUGCAUCACUCAGGUUCAAACGGGUGCUUCACUAACACAGUGGCGUUCAUAUGAGUCCUGCUCACUGACAGGUAACCUGCUAUUCAGAUGAUAUUCAUAUAAAUUCACAGGUGACAGGUCGGGUCGCAGGGCCGGACUGGACUUGUAGAUAAGAGCAGGUAACGGGACGGGUGGGUGCAGAACUCUGGUUCACAUCACCGGAUCUUUGAUUUAUCAUUUUUCAAAAACGUGGACGUGGAAGAAGAAGGUUCCUUCUCUGAGUUCCUGUUGAAAAACAGGAAACAGAAAAAAGAUUAACGUCCGACCUCAUGAACGAAAAAGUUCAGUUUUACAAACAAACUCAAAACAGCACAGAGAAUCAUGGGUAGUAUUCAGAGUCCUAAACAUGACAAUGACAUAUGACAUAUCUGAUUGUUGUCUUUGUUUUCAUCAUCCAGCAGACACACUGAGCACGUAGCCUGUAGCACCAUCUGGUGGUUAUUACCUAAAAGUGCAGGUUUUCUUAUUCCUCAGUUUCAGCAAAUCUGAAUCUCAUCUGUUCCGAAUUCUUCUGAAUUACAGUUUAUUUAAUCAUUAGCUUGAAAUUUUUAAACAUUAACACAGAGCUAAAAUUUAAUGAAACAAAAUAUUAGAGUACAAGAGUGGUGUUUUUUUAUAUUUCCCAAAUCCAGUGAAAACAUUCAAACAGGAACGAUCUCAGUCACUGGUUGAAGACGUGAAUCUCUAAUAUAAAAAAAGAAAGAAAAGAUUCCUGAACACAACAGAUUGUUCAGGAAUAAAGUCAUAAUUUGAGUCUCUGUUGUGUUAGAGAAGAAAUAUCAGAAGAUCAGUCUGUCGCCUGUGUUACAGGAGGAAUGUGCAGCAUCUCGAUUAGAUUUUAUAACGGAACCACAUGAUCAUAGAGAUGAGGAAUAUGAAAAGAUUGUGUAAGAAAGUAUCUUUUCUAAAAAGAAAUCAAAAUGUGAGGUUUAAAAUGUUUCUGGAAAAUCAAAUGAAAGUUUAUUUUUUUUCAAUGAUCUGGUUAUUUAAAGGUUUUGCAGUUACAGGGCAUUGCCAGUAGGCGGUGCUGCAGCACCGUCAGAACCCAGACUUCCAGUGAAUUUACAUCAGCAGCUGUAACUUUACAAAUCUAUCAGACACGUUCAGCAUCAAACUAUUUCUUUACUCACCAACUUUUGUCUCCAGAAGUGAAAACAACAACGUUAAUUCUUCUACUGAAGGUAGCAUGCUAACCCAUUCUUAGCUAAUGUCCCACAUCCAAAAUAAACAGAACAGCGCCCCCCUGAGGCCUUUUUCCUUUUGGUUAAACUCUCCUAAUUGUCGGACGUUCCCCUAAUUUUUGUGUUUGCUAUGCAGCUAAUGUCCGACUCAACUAUGCAGACACAUGAAACAACAAAUCACACAUCGACCACAAACAUCUGUUUUCAAUCUGAGAAAUGUCAACCACGAUAAGUGAUAAAACUUUAAAAAUAAUAUCUGUAAUAUUCCUCUAUUGUUCCAGUUAUUGGUUGUAAAAGUUCUUUGGGUAUUUUAGUGACUCGUUACGUCAUAUUUCAUUUUAACUUCUCCGUCACACCCACACAGCUCUGCACGCCCAAAGUACAAAAAUACACUCUGGCAAAAAAUAAUUGAACUUCAGCCAUGACAAGUCAAGCAAUAAUGUAAAUGUUGUAUUUCAUCUUUAUUGUGUACAGUUUGAAAAUAGAGCAUGACGAUGCAGAUUCUAAUUUAUACGAUUUCCUUUAGAUCCAGUGUGUUGUUGGCGUACUACGACUGUCACAUGAUCACAUGCGCCGACGACACACUUUCCUCUCUUUGCGUCACCUCAUUGGUUUGACGAGUCUGUACAGGCCACAGGUAAAUUCUAAUAUAGACUCCUUAUCUGUUGAUUAAUAUGCAUCUUAAUGUAUAAAAUCUGAUUUAAUAUGCACUGUUCUAUUUUAGAUUUAGUUCAGUUUUGUGUUUUUAAUAUUUCAACAUGCGUGUGGUUCUCGUUUAACUUUUAACGUUGGCCGGGUCUGGAUUUUAUCAGCUGUGCCAACGUGAAUGUUUCUUCACAGGGAGACUCGUUAAAGGAAAAUUCAGUCUUUUUACAUCUUGACAAUAAAAACUAUUUAAGCCUCAUACAUUAAAAAAAAUGUACACCUGGUGAGUGGAUCACAUGUUGCAGCCAGAGACGUAACGUGUUCUACAGACUGUUACUAAAGAUGGACGACAUGACAAAUCAUCAGUCUGCAGAGAUUAUUAACCACGAAGAGCCGCUGAGUUAGUGGACUGUAAAAAUAUCUAUAACGUUUUUAGCAGCUGUGUCAAUCAGGGUUUGCAACAAGUUUCAACUUGAAAGAAGAACUGAAUUUUCCUUUAAAUGAUCAAAUGUAAUUCUGAUUAUGAAAACUCAUGAUCCAGUGAUGUUAUUGCUCAGCCUGCACCUGUGUCAGUGUGUCGGGCUCGAGCCUGUUGAUUAAACACGAUUUCUUUUGUUUUGAUACGAAGCAGAACGGCUGUAUCUGAAAUGUACUGAAAAAUAAAAUAGAGAAAAUAAUUCA